UUGGGAACAUCAGGGACCCUGAUGAAAUUAUUUUAAACAUAAGGAAGACAAAGACGCGGGAAAGGGCGUAGUUCCCACGCUCCGCGAAUUGAGAAAUCGAUCGUCCUACACAGCAGCAGCUGCUAAACGGUGUCCAAAAAGAGAGGAUUCCGACGGCAAUCGAGAACUGAUCGGAGAUGAUGAGAGCGGUGAUGAUGAUGAACGAUAAAGGCAAACCUCGACUCGUCAAAUUCUACGAACAUCAGCCAAUGGAGAAGCAGCAGGAACUGAUUCGGAAAAUCUAUGGAGUCCUAUGUAGUAGACCUGAGAACGUGAGCAACUUUGUUAAGGUUGAUUCGUUGUUUGGAUCGGAUGCUCGACUUGUAUACAAGACUUAUGCCACACUGCAUGUCAUAUUCAUAUUUGAUGGCUCAGAGAACGAGCUUGCUAUGCUAGAUCUAAUGCAAGUUUUUGUGGAGACACUGGACAAGUGUUUCAGUAAUGUAUGUGAACUUGAUGUAGUAUUCAAUUUUAACAAGGUGCAUGCUAUUUUAGAUGAGAUUGUUAUGGGGGGUCAAGUACUUGAGACAAGCUCUUUUGAAGUGGUUAAGGCAGUUGAAGACAUCUCAAAGUUGGAAAAGGGUUCCAAUUCAAUCAUGCUAGUUCCAUCUAUACCUGGAUGGCAAGGUCGAUGACAUGCUUCCAAUAAAUGUAGGCUGGUGAGAGAAGUACAAAAUAUGCCAAGACUUCCGACACUUUUGCUGUUAGACGGCUUCAGAUUAGAAUCUAGAGAUCAAUCGAAUCUUGAUUGGAAUCUUCCUUUGAUUUCUUCUUUGUUGAGUCUACAUUCAAGUUUUCCAGAGAGAGAGAGAGAGAGAGAGAGGGGGUUUGCUUGUGAGAUUCUCAACAGUGUGAUUGACACAGAAGGCUUAUGUAGCUUCUUGCAUGAAAUGAAAAAAACGAAAUUGUAACAUUACACUCUCAUCUUUAUUGCUUCCCGCAACUGUAUAGAAAAUGCUUUUGU